AUGCAUUUGACUGUGCCGAUAUAUUCAGAAAACAGUUUACUCCCCUGGCCGAUCAAAGAAGGAAAGGUCAUGGUUUCUUCAGACAACAACAAAUUCGAUUCUCUACGUACUAAUGUUGGUAUCAUUCCAUGUAGCUGGCUGUUUCGAGGGAAUUACGAUACAGUUUAUCCUCACGGUAGUGGCGUGGCAACUGUAUCUUGCAUCAGCACCAAAGUUGUGAAGGGUUCGCAAGUGAUACAUACAGUAGAAGAAGGACGGACGAAAACAGGAGUGACCUGA